UUCUUCAGCAAUUUAAGAUACGUCUUUGCCUGACAGACCUAACAGAGGGAAAAUCAUUCUCAUAUAUUGCUACAUAUUGGACGCUGUGCUAGUCGAAGCUACAGGAUCGCCGAGCUACAGUAGUAUAUGACGCUGUCACUCCGAGUCCCGGGCGAAUCUCCGACAUCCUCGGUACUUCCUGUUGAUCCAUCUAUCCAUCCAUCCACUCAUCCAGACAGACACCACUGAAAACACACAGACACAUCCGGACUCAUGCAGAGAGGACAAAAAGCUCUGCCACCUCUGAAAUCAGGAAAAUAGACAGUGAAGCUAUUCCAAAGAACUGAAAGCAGUAUGACUUGGACAGUAGCAACCCUAUGAUGGCGUCGAGACAGCCUACCUGACCGGAGGGAUCACCCUUUGUACCCGUUGGCACCUGUCCUGCAGGUAUUGAGACCUUUAGACAGCUGAGAACCAGUUUGCCCAACAGGAAUGACUGUGGAUUUCAUUGAACCACCCUAGGCUGUACUGACCACUUGUCGCCGCCUCCUCAGUGUUUUUGUUCCACGGUGCAAAACAGGCUGACUUUGUUGACAGAAGGUGGUGACAGUGCUUUGUUUGCGUUCGACUAUUCAAGAACUUCCCCGCUCCCGUUCACUGCUCUAAGCUCCCUGUUUCUAGAAGCUGCUAAAAUGACUGCAGACUGGGGUGAGCAGUCCACAGCGGACCUGAUGAGCAGAUAUGUGUCCAAGGAAAUGGGAUAUGGAGUACCCAAGGAGGGCUGGCGCAUCUGUCUGGCACACGAGUUCAAGGAGAAAAGAAAGCCCUUUCAAGCAAAAGACGUCUCUUUGUCCAACGUCUGGGAACACAUCGGCCUUGGAGUCAGGUAUCUGAAAUGGUGGUACAAAAAGACCCAGGUGGAAAAGAAAGCACCAUUCAUUGAUAUGUUUCGUGCUCAACCCUUGCGUCAAAUAUAUGGUGCUCCUCUGGGUGGUAUUGGAGGUGGGACCAUCACAAGAGGGUGGAGAGGGGAGUUCUGCAGGUGGCAGCUUAACCCUGGAAUGUACCACUACAAAACUGUCAUGGCCAACCAGCCAUUUCCAGCUCCAUAUUUUGCUGUUUGCACCUUCAGCCAACAGUCACCCAGGGACAAAUCUACUGCAGAAGAGACAGAGCUGUUCACAGUUUGCUUACGUCGGGAAGGACAAACUAUUUACCAACAAGUACUAUCUGUGGAACGUCCUCCCACAUUACAAGGCUGGAACUGGGGCUACUGCGGCGAAUAUGCCUUCUAUCAUGCCUUAUACCCUCGAGCCUGGACUGUCUACCACCUGCCAGGACAGAACGUCACCCUCACCUGCAGACAGAUUUCUCCUGUCAUCCCUCAUGACUACCAGGACUCUAGCCUCCCAGUGGCGGUUUUUGUGUGGGACAUCGAGAACAAGAAUGACUAUGACCUGGAUGUGUCCAUCAUGUUUACUAUGGUCAACGGGUCAGGACACAAAGAUGACAGGAGUGGGGGACACUGGAAUGAACCAUUCCACCUGGAGAAGGAGGGGGAGGCUGUAUCUGGAGUCUUGCUACAUCAUUGCACGGCAGUUAAUCCUUACACGUUGUGCAUAGCAACCCGAGAACAGCCUGGCAGGGAGGUCAGCCACCAGACAGCAUUCAGUCCAAAAGGAACCUGCAGCAGCCUGUGGAGAGACCUGAUGACUGAUGGGCACCUAGACUCACCCACAGGCUCCAGCCCACCAACACCCAAAGGAGAAAAGGUGGCAGCAGCGUUGGCCGUUGGCUGCAGUGUGUCGGCUCAGAGCCACAACAACCUGGAGCUGUGCCUGGUCUGGGACAUGCCCAAAAUCACCUUUGGCUCUAGGGAGAGGGAACAUCUCAGGAGAUACACUCGUUACUUUGGGGCCAAAGGGGAAGCGUCCGCCUCUCUCAGUCAUUAUGCCCUAACACACUACAGACAAUGGGAGAAGAGCAUUGAAGAGUGGCAGAGGCCGAUUUUGCAGGACUGUUCCCUUCCCUCCUGGUAUAAGUCUGCCCUGUUUAAUGAGCUGUACUUUGUGGUGGAUGGAGGGACAGUGUGGACGGAGCUCGAAGCCGACGCAGAUAUCAGCGGAGGCUUGCGCAGUGAGGAAGGUGGGCUCCCAGCUCAGCCUGCUGUCAUCAAGAAGUACGGACGUUUUGCCUACUUGGAAGGUCAGGAGUACAGAAUGUACAACACGUAUGACGUGCAUUUCUAUGCUUCUUUUGCACUCAUCAUGCUGUGGCCCAAACUGGCCUUAAGUGUCCAGUACGAUAUUGCUGGCAGUGUGGUUCAGCAGGACCCAACAGAGAGGCUUCAUCUGAUGAGUGGACAGUAUUCUCCUGUCAAGAGCAAAAAUGUUGUGCCUCAUGACAUCGGAGACCCAGAUGAUGAGCCAUGGCAUAGGGUGAACGCUUACCUCAUCCAUGACACUGCACACUGGAAGGACUUGAACCUAAAGUUUGUGCUGCAAGUCUACAGAGAUUUUCACCUCACCCAGGACAGCCAGUACCUGAGGGACAUGUGGCCCAUCUGCCAGGCCGUGAUGGCGUCAGAGCUGAAGUUUGAUCUGGAUGGUGAUGGUCUAAUAGAGAACUCUGGAUAUGCUGACCAGACCUAUGAUGGCUGGACAGUGACUGGACCUAGUGCAUACUGUGGUGGGCUGUGGUUGGCAUCCCUGUGUGCGAUGUGUAAGAUGGCCCGGUUACUGGACAGCGAGGAAACAUACCAGCAUUACAGGAACAUUCUGGACAGAGGCAGCGCUGCAUUCGACCAGCUGCUGUGGAACGGAAAGUAUUACAACUAUGACAGUAGUGGGGGAGACCAUUCCAACAGUGUCAUGUCUGACCAGUGUGCUGGCCACUGGUUCCUGAGAGCCUCUGGGCUGGGAGAGGGAGAGUACCAGGCUUUUCCAAAAGAAAAAAUCCGGAGCGCUCUAAAAUCUGUGUAUGACUUGAAUGUAAUGCACUUUGCUGGAGGUCAGAUGGGUGCAGUUAAUGGAAUGCGCCCUGAAGGAGUGCCUGACCGCUCCAGCGUUCAGUCAGAUGAAGUCUGGAUAGGAGUGGUAUAUGGACUAGCUGCCACUAUGAUCCAUGAGGAUAUGUGGGAAGAGGGUAUGCGCACAGCGGAAGGAUGCUACCGGACUGUGUGGGAGAGGCUAGGCAUGGCCUUUCAGACACCUGAAGCCUACUGUGAGAAAGGCAUCUUUCGCUCUCUGGCCUACAUGAGGCCUCUGAGUGUGUGGGGCAUGCAGCUAGCCCUAAACACUUCACAGAACCAUCAAAGCGCAUUAUUUCAAAAUGGAGACACUGAUCAGGAGGAGGGACAGGAUAUGAGACAUAAUUAGAUCCAGGACCUGAAUAAUCACUGGUGUCUAUGGAGCCGCAAGUUCCUCUGAAAAGGACUUCUUUCCAACCACUACUAUACUCUGCAUUCCCACACUGCAGUGCUCUGUUUGAUCACUUUUUAAAUUUAUUUAAGGCUUCAGUGCACAGCUGUGGUACAUUAGGUCAGUAGCACAUGCAGAGUAUGAUGCAUAUCUGAGUGUGGAGUAACAAACACUUGUUUCAAGAAAAGUUGCAAUGAUCUAAAAUUGUGAAUAAAAAUGUUGCGGUUCUGAAUUUAUUUAAAUCUUAUUUUUGCUUUUUUAAGUAAAAAGGCAACAUACUUGAUUGUAAAUCAGUUCAGUACCAUUUGUUAAAGGCAUUUACAUACAUACAUACAUUUCUGGAAAGGGGUUUGUAAACGUUCGGUUUUAGGUUUGGUUAGGUGCUAAUAUAAAAAAAACUGACCUUGUGUUGCAGAAACUUAUUGUCUGUUUGCACGUAUAUUCGCACAGAUGUUCAUAAACUACAUUCUGCUAUUCACAAUUGUGUUAUUGAUUAUAAUUGAACUUUUCCUACACAGCAGCUACCAUUCAUCAUAUUGUCACAAUAUAAGUUGAUUUAGAUUUGGAUUAUUAUUACGUUGUUAUAUUUACAGUUGUGUCAUGUAGCUUCAACUUGGUAUUAAAAUUUAUGCUUGACAAUCGCAAUAAAUGACUGAAUA